AUGUAUCAUAGAGAUGUGGGUCACUAUACAGAGGAAUGUACGCAAUUGAAAGAUAAUAUAGAAGAACUGAUAAGAAAGGGUCACUUAGCUCAAUACCGGCUAAAUGCGUGUGGAAGCCAGCCGCCACCCCGACAAAUUGAAAGGCAACAACUUGAAGUAAGGCCAGAAAGGCCACAGGGUAGUGUGAUCCGACAGGGAGGUGGAGGAAUGCCGCCGUUAUCAACGGGAAGAGGAGUUGAUGUGAUAACCGGAGAGCCGGUGCAUGGAGGGACUAUUAGUGGAGCAAAGAAGCACUUAUCAGAGCACCGCCAUAUAAUUAAUGCCCUGGAUACCGAUAGCCGCCCCAGGCCAACUUCGAUCCCUGAUGUUGUAUUCACUGAAGAGGAUACAAGGGGGAUAGUCUUUCCGCAUGAUGAUCCGCUGGUGCUGAUAACAAAGAUUAACGGAGCUGACAUAAAAAGAGUUCUAGUAGAUGGAGGAAGUUCAGCUAAUGUUCUUUUUAUGAAGGCCUUUAAUGAGAUGGUGAUAGGAAGGCAAUACCUGACGCCGGUAUCGUACCCAGUUAUUGGAUUUAAUGGGUCUUCAGUACGACCAGAGGGGAGCAUAGUCUUGCCGGUACGACUGGGUGAUGGGCCUACAACGAGAGAUGUGAUGGCAGAGUUUUUGGUAGUUAUUGUUCCAUCGGCUUAUAAUGCGAUCAUUGGAAGGCCGAUAAUUCAUGAUAUCCAAGCUGUUGUGUCAACAUACCAUUUGACGAUAGCUUAUGUGUCAAAUUUGGGAGCUGUAGAAAAGGUUCAUGGGGGGCAAGUUAUGGCGAAGUCUUGUUAUUUAACGGCUUUGAAGAAUCCGGUCGGAGAUGGUUCAGUACCGAGUAAUCCUAAAAAGGAGCUGGAGCCCACAGUACGUGACUUAUCCAUGGGUAACUUUGAUACAAGGCCGGAAACAGCUCCGAGACCAUUACUAGGAGGGGAAACGGUGCAGGUUGAGUUGCAGCCAGGUGACUCCAGCAGAACGGUUAGGGUUGGAGCCGAUAUGGAUGUUGACAUGAGGUGUAAUCUGAUAAGCCUGCUGCGCGAAAAUGCAGAUGUCUUUGCUUUCUCGGCGAGUGAAAUGCCAGGAAUACACCCGGGGGUGAUGGAGCAUAAAUUGAAUGUCAACAGGGGGUUCAGGCCGGUAAGACAGAAAAAGCGGAACUUCUCUACUGGGAAGAUAGAAGCUAUACAGGCUGAAGUUAACAAGCUCUUAGCGGCGGGUUUUAUUGAACCGUGCACAUAUCCAGAGUGGUUGGCAAAUGUUGUUAUGGUAAGAAAGCCGACAGGAAAAUGGCGAAUGUGUGUCGACUUAACCGAUUUGAAUAAGGCUUGUCCUAAGGAUUGUUAUCCAUUGCCCCGGAUAGACAGACUGGUGGAUUCUACUUCUGGUCACGAGAUGCUCAGCUUUUUAGAUGCGUUUUCAGGGUAUCAUCAGGUCAGCCUUCAUAAAGCCGACAGACCGAAAACGGCCUUCAUAACGGAUGCUGGGGUAUUUUGCUAUAAAGCCAUGCCGUUUGGGUUAAAGAAUGCUGGGGCAACAUAUCAGAAGUUGGUUGACAAGAUUUUUGAUAGGCAAAAGGGCCAGAAUGUGGAGGUGUAUGUGGAUGACACAAUUGUUAAAAGUAAGAAAAAGAAGGAUCACAUAGCAGAUUUGAGGGAGACAUUUGAAACUUUACGAAAAUAUAAGAUGAAAUUGAAUCCCGAGAAGUGUGUAUUUGGAGUCCGAUCAGGGAAGUUUUUAGGCUUCAUGGUUAACGAACGGGGAAUAGAUGCAAAUCCUGAUAAGGUGAAUGCGGUGCUUGAGAUAAAGCAGCCAAAGACAAUCCAAGAUAUACAAAGAUUGACUGGCCGAAUGGCAGGGUUAACUCGUUUUAUCAGCAAAUCAGCUGAUAAGGCACUUCCCUUUUUUGUGGUUCUACGGAAGAACAAGGUGUUUGAAUGGGGAAAAGAACAGCGGGACGCGCUAGAGGUGGUACGAAAUCAUUUGAAAUCUCUCCCAACAGUUGCAAGGCCGGAAAGGGGGGAACAAAUGCAAUUAUACAUCUCAGCGUCUCCAAAGACAAUAGCUGCAGUGUUAGUAGUGGAGAGGAAGAAGCAGCAAAUGCCGAUAUACUUUGUUAGUCAUGUAUUAAAUGCGGCUGACAGGAUGGAUACGUCAGGAAGAUUGCUAAAAUGGGCUGUGGAAUUAUCGGAUUAUGAGAUACAUUAUAAGCCCAGGGUAUUAAUAAAGGCAAAGGCCUUGUAUGACUUCAUAGUAGAGGCUUCAUAUACAGAAGAAGAAGAAGAUAUAGGCACUUGGCAGGUAUCUGUGGAUGAAUCCGCGACAUCAAUAGGAUCAGGGGCUGGCAUAGUCAUAACGUCUCCAGAUGGCCAGAUCUUUGAGUAUGCAGUAAAAUUUAAAUUCAAGGCAACAAACAACGAAGCUGAGUAUGAAGCAGCGGUGGCAGGAAUUCAGUUAUCUGUUGCAGCCGAGGCAAAGCGUUUAGUGCUGACAACUGAUUCCCAACUCGUGUCAAGUCAGUACAGUGCGGAGUAUGAGACACGAGAGCCAUCAAUGGUUAAAUACCUAGAAAAGAUAAAUCAAUUGACGGCACAACUACGGUAUUUUGAAAUAAAGCUUGUGUCGAGAGCCCAGAAUGCGCAAGCAGAUGCUUUAGCAAGGUUGGCAAGUUCGAGUUUUAAUAACUUAGAAAGAACUGUGAUGGUUAAGAUUUUGGGUGAGAAGAGUAUAGAUGAAGCACCAGAACAGGUGCUUUGUGUUGAUAGUGUUACCCAGUGGUAUGAUAACAUACUAGCAUAUCUCGUCCAUGGGGUGCUACCGGCAGAUAAGGGAGAAUCACGAAAGUUGCAAAAGGAUAGUGUAUGGUUCAUUAUGCAUCAAGGACAGUUUUACAAAAGAAGCUUUUCAUUACCAUUGAUGAGAUGCAUAAGUAACCUUGAGUCGAAAAGGUUGGUUGAAGAAAUACAUGAGGGUACAUGUGGCAAUCACCUCGGACCGAGAUUUCUAUCAAGAGAAGCAAUGAGGAGAGGCUACUACUGGCCGACCAUGAAUGAAGAUGCGGUACGAUAUGUGAAAGCGUGUGAAAAAUGCCAAAAGUUCGCUCCAGCUAUCAACCUACCACCAAAUGAUUUAACACCGAUAUUAAAUCCAAUUCCUUUUGCACAAUGGGGAAUGGAUACAGUAGGGUCAUUUCUAUCAGCAACAGGCGGUAGGAAAUUUUUAUUGGUGGCUGUAGAUUAUUUCACAAAAUGGAUUGAAGCUGAGCCGGUAGCAAAGAUAACAGCAGCAGAGGUGAAAAAAUACAUUUGGAAAAACAUUUUCACAAGGUUUGGAUUGCCGAUGGCCAUGGUUUUUUACCAUGGAUCUCAGUUUGAUUGUAAGCCGGUAAAAGAGCUCCUAUCAAUGUACAAGGUUAAGUUUGCAUAUGCAGCGGUGUGUCAUCCGCAAUCGAAUGGACAGGCUGAAGAAGCUAAUAAACAAAUAAUAAAGGCAAUUAAGAAGAAGAUAGAAGAUGCAAAGGGACUAUGGGCUGACCUGGUGCCAGAAAUAUUAUGGGCUAAUAGAACAACGGCCAAAGAGGCAACGGGUGAAUCGCCUUUCACAUUGGUUUUUGGAACAGAACCAGUAGUGCCGGCAGAGGUAGGGUUGCCAACAUUUAGAAUUCAACACUACUGUGAAGAGCAGAACGAUCUUUUAUUACGUCAACAAUUAGAUUUUCUACCAGAAUUGCGUGAAAAAGCAUUAAUUAGAUCACUGCCUAUAAAAACAGAAUGA